UUGGAAUGGGCUCAGAAAAACAAGCGUGCACGAAAUGUUGUUGGGAGUAUUAUGCAGAAUGAUUAUAUUUCUCAGCAGCUUGACGAGAAGGUGCUGGAGCUAGAGCGGGAGAUAGAGCAUGAGCUAGAGCGGAAGAAAGAGCAGAAGACACAACAGCAGUGCUUCAAAAAGUGGGAUGUGCCAUGCUAUCCCCCUGGGCAGUCAUUGUGGCCCCAAAACAAUCUGCCAGCGCGGCAAUACUUCAACAAGCCAGAUGGACCAUGUGGCCCUGGUUAUGCAAUGUUUGCCCCUGUACAUGGUCGUCACAACAACCGGCCACUGUGGCAGCAGCCACCACCAUUAAAACGGCUUUUCACUUAUAGCAGUGAGUUUGGACCUCAUGAGGUACCCCAGCCAUCCUUCAACAAUAGCAGCGGAGCCAGCUACCAUUGGUAUCCACAGCAACUUACUGCCCCCAACUCAUUUGCCUAUGGCGCACACACAGGCUAGGGCAACUACCAACACCAAUGGGAGCAGCUUCCCAUUACUCUGGAGCCGUUUAUUGCAUCUUGGCAGCAUCCACCUCCUUCGUCAUCCAACACCUAGUGAGGUAAAAGCAGUACUGAAAACCUCUGUAUGUAGACCAUAGUGGAAUCUUUAAAAAGACUUAUAUUUAGGAAUGGAGUCAGUAUUCGGUUAUGGCACUGCAUGCUUAUAUCUGCUCAUCCUGGUGUGUGGGUUCGCUGGGGCUAAAUUGCGUGUUUUGACCAUUUGCGAAAGUAUAGCCGGAGCUUACCCUAGUCUGAAACCUUUUCGAGACCUGACCCUUUUUCUACCGCCAGAGUCGACGACGGUAGGGGCACACCGCGCUGACGUGGAUAAGUUGGCUACCACUAGGGGCCUCGGUGGUAGGCUCGUAUACCCUACCGCCAUAGACCCCGGCGGUAGGAAAAGGGUCAGUUCCCGAUUUUUUUUCAAACCAGGGUCAGAUCCGGCUAAACUUUUGCAAAAGGUUCAAAACACCAAAUUUGCCCUUCGCUGGAUGGGCUGUGUAGCAGCCACAGCAGGGGCACGAUGGGGUACUGGUGUGGUAAAUUUUGGUAGAGUUAAUUAACAUGUGUUAAUUAUGGGGAAAUUUCCCCGUCUUAACCGUCGGGCAGUUAGACGCAUCCUCUGGUUGCGUCCCCCCAACUUGUAUAUAAGGGCAUCUACAACGCUGGGCGCUAGCGUAGGCGCCAGGAUCGAAUUCCCGGUCGAUGGGGCAGUUGGGCCUUCCAAUCCUGGCGCUAUAUACGGCAUCGAUGCCAGAAAAGGAACCGAGCGCUCGAGCUAUUUUCUCGUACGAGAUGGAAGGCUGCGUGUAGCGGCCGGUUCCCUUAGCGCCCCCAUAAUUAGCGCUCAGCGUGUAACAAACAGCGCUUAGAUGGGCUUUUAAUUUUCCAAGAUUUAUUUUAUUUCCCUUAGCGCCCAUAUAGGCGUCUUGCAUUGAAGAUGCCCUAAGCAUCACUCUCAAUGAAAGAGCUGUCAACAUGGUCCAACUACUAGUGCUAUGCAUUUAACCCAUUUUCUGUUGAGUUUCAAAACUCCAGAAAUGUGUGUAUGUUGAUACUUGACAUGUUCAAUGUGUUUACCACAUCAAAUUCUCAAGAACAUGUUUUUGCGGUCGAAUUAAUUUUUCUCGUAUAUCAAACUUGCAAUUUUUUGAGUUAUAUUUCCCUCAUUGUAUUUGGAAUCACAAGGUAAUGAGUUGGAUCUAGUGCUCAUUUGCAGACUAUCAACUAUUACUGCAAGGUCUGCGUUGUGUCAAUCUCGACAAGCGAUUACCUCCGGUGUGUAUUUCUUUAUUUUUAAAUUGCUAACAUACACACGGUAAUAGAAACAUGCGCAUCUACUCACAUUGUUAGAUUAUGCAGCCUAUUACUGUGAGAUCUUUGUGAUCUGCAAUGUGUUAUGUUCGCACAAUUGAGGUUGAGAAUUUUUCAAGUUAUUCACUUGAGUAUCAAAUAUUUGCAGUUCUAUUACAACAUUAACCAUGAUAGUUUUUAAUUUAGUGACCGUAAAUUAAUUAUCUCUGGUAAUCGAUGGCUACAAAAUUUGAGGCAUAAGCUCUUAAUGGCCACCACCGCCCCACCUGGGCCAUGGAGAUCAUGAUCACUCUUGUGUCUCAUGAUAUAAUGUGUGCAAUCCAAGACCCAUGGAUUCACCUCUAGUCGGAGGCACACCGCUAACAGAAAAAAUAUGUUGGCUUAUACACCGUAAGGUAUUAUAUCAAUCCAGAUCUCAGCAUUUGGCUCUUAUGUAUCAGCAAUCUGUGAGACACAAAGGACCUUAAGGGCAAAGGUUUGAAGCCCACUUCAACCAUCAACCCGACUCAACUAACAUGGUUGAAGACUUUGUCUAGUCUCUCAAUCUCCUGAGUGGUCAAUAUAAUUUAUGUUCAGUUCUGUUCUAAUAAGAACAUAAUUAUUGUUGUCAUGGUAUAUUGUAUAUCACAAUAUAUUGUAUUAGCACUUUGGUACAUGACAUUUGUAUGUAUUCUACAACGAUUUUUAUAUUGAGAAUCUUCAAGUCUA